ACGUCAACGAUCCCUCCCGCAGCCGAGGCCGAGUCCCGAUUGAAGCAUUCCGCUCACUUUCACACCCCGGGAGGAGCUUGCGGUCUCCGGUAGUGGAGCCGAGAGAAUCUCUCAUUCGUUGCCGCCAUCUUAAUGCACUCACCGAGACCGAGCUCUCUCCCAAUCAUGAAGAGGUCCAGACCGACCCCACCACCCACACCGCCGCUUUCCACUGCCAAAUCCACCGCACCCAUCUUCAAGAAACCCAAAUCCAAAGCCACGAUCCCACCCAAAUGGGUUCCACUCGGUCUCAGCCUAUCGGAGCUGUCCCUGCCCCUCACUUUCCCCACCGGCCAAACCUUCCGGUGGAAACAAACCGGUCCUCUUCAGUACACCGGUGUCGUCGACUCCUACCUCAUCUCCCUCAAGCAUCUCCAAGAUGGGGAAGUCUCCUACUGCUUCCACCAACACGCCACCACCGGGGAUGAGAACAACGCCAGGGUGGCUCUGCUUGAUUUUCUCAAUAUACGUAUUUCGCUCAGUGAAAUCUGGGAGGUCUUCUCGGCCUCAGACCCGAGGUUCGCCGAGCUGGCGCGCCAUCUGGGCGGGGCCCGGGUGCUCAGGCAAGACCCGCUUGAGUGUUUGAUACAGUUUCUGUGUUCCUCUAAUAAUAACAUAACGAGAAUUACUAAAAUGGUGAACUUUAUCUCAUCUCUGGGGAAUUGUCUGGGGACCGUAGAAGGCUUCGAGUUCUACCAGUUCCCAGGGCUGGAGCGGUUAGCGAUGGUUUCAGAGGACGAGCUUAGGGAGGCCGGUUUCGGUUACAGGGCUAAAUACAUUAUUGGCACUGUAAAUGCUUUGCAAUCAAAACCUGGUGGAGGUACUGAAUGGCUUGCAUCUCUUCGUAAUUUGGAUCUUCAUGAGGUUAUCGAUGCUCUCUCUACUCUACCUGGAGUUGGUCCUAAGGUGGCGGCAUGCAUAGCUCUCUUCUCUCUUGAUCAACACCAUGCCAUUCCUGUUGAUACACAUGUGUGGCAGAUUGCUACAAGAUACCUGUUACCGGAGCUUGCGGGUGCCCGUCUGACACCCAGGCUCUGCAGCCGUGUGGCAGAUGCAUUUGUGAGCAAAUAUGGCAAAUAUGCUGGCUGGGCUCAGACUUUGCUUUUCAUUGCUGAAUUACCUUCACAGAAGGCCCUCCUGCCAUCACAAUUUUGUAGUGCCAAAGAAAAGAAAGCUGCCAAGAGUAAGAAUGGCAAAACGUGCAGUGCUAAUUAAAGACGUCAUUUUUCAUGGUUAAAAGGCAUCUGGAUGUUGAACCGUGGUGUCAUUUGGCUCAAGUGGAGAGAGGAUGAAAUCAAAGCUGCAUAUCUUUUUCAGGUUUAUGAGCACGUGUAACUCCAACCUCAAUCUCCUUGUAUUACAGCCUAUCCGGUUAUACCGUGAGCUGGACAUUUUAAGUUAGGUAUUUAGUCAUUCUUUAUCAUUGUAUUCGAAUGAUGGUAUAAUUUUGACCUUAUUAAUUGUUUAAAGAUGUUGUAAAUAAUAUGUAAUUGUUGGUGAUUGUUUCCGGUUGUCA